AUGUACCGCGGGUCGCCCGAUCCCGUGCGUGUAUGGGAGCUGCCGAACAGCCUUGCUGGUGAUGCGAUCGUGACGAUCAUGAUUCAAGGCACGCUGACGUGGGUCAUUGCUGGACUGCUGACGAGGCUGGAUGUGAAAUCAGAACGAAUCCAGCCAAUCUUUUAUCAGCAUGCACCUCGUCCACUCCAAGACUUCCCUGCUGACGGUUCUGCCUCUGGUGCAGUCACUCCUCCUCCUGGUGAACCCGCUGCCGCCGCUGCCGAUGCUGAUAGCAACAGCAGCAAGGCACUUGACGGGCCCCAGAUCUUCAAAGCUGUGAUGGCGGCAGUGCUUGGGUUCUUCAUGACUCCAUUAGUUUCUAUGGUUGGACUUCUAGAGGCUGGAAGAUGUAGUCUAGCUGACCUGCAGCAGAUUUGA